AUGCAAGAUAGGACAGAGAAGAAAAGCAAACAGAAGAAAAGAGGCGGCAACAUGACAGAAAGUAGGAAGUUUAAAGCAAGAGAGAAAAAAGCGACCCGAAGAGAGAAAAUAGAGGAGGAAAAAAGUGACAAGGAAAAAGAGUACAGAGGAGAGAAAUUAAGCAAGGAAAAAGUGAAGGAACAAGAAGACGAAGAAAGCGAAACAGGACAGGACAAGCAAGCAGGAACAAGGAAGAGCAAUAGAAAUAGCAAGAACCAGAUAAGGAAACUAAAGCAACGCAAGGAGGAAAAAAAAGCAAGAGAAACGAAAAGUAUAAGGAACAGAGAAAAAGGCGAAGAGAUAAGACAGGAAAAGAAGCAAGAGUUAAAUAGUACAAAGUAA